GUUGGAAUUAUCAACACAUGUUGUCCCAUUCUAUUGGGUACAGGAGGAUCAUGGUAUUUUUAUUCCUCGUCUGUGGAUUCACCAUUAUCAAGUGGUACUUCAAGUGCGAGUAAAUUUAUCAUAUCAGACCACAAACAACCUUGGAAGUUAUGAACACCCUAGCAGACCAAUCUAUCUCUACCACACCUUUCCUAUUUUAAAAAGUUCUGGUAACAUCCUCAAAACACAAAGAUCUGCAAGUUUUGAUACCAACACAAGCAAUAUUGCAACUCAAUCAUAACUUCCCGACCAAGAUUGUAUCUUGGAAGCUCUUGAUCAACUCUGCGAAACAUUCCGCACAAUGGGCCAACCAUUACCAAAAAUAAGAUUUUGGGACAUUCUCAUGGAAACCCCAUGGACGAGCAUACCUUUCCGCCCCCGAUGUCAGAUAGUCCACGUAAUCGCCAGAUUUGGGGUCUACAGCCCCGCAGCUUAUAUACCAUGGGCUAUAGCGGUCGCGGUUUCACUUCCAAUUUUCGCAUGUAUCACAGGGAUUCUUUUAGUCAUAGAUGGCGUUGCUGUUGCUGUGGAAUUCAUCUAUACCACACUCAAGCGUCGGACUACCAGAACGCGGCGUGGAAUUUUGGACGACGGCGGUGAUUUGGUUUCAGAUCAACUUCCUACAAUCAACAAUCACUUUUCUGAUUCUACUCCGAAGAUCUCCUCAAGGCUCUCUUCGGCAUUCAUUCCGGAUGUCGAUCACACUUUCAUCAAUGGCUCUGUUCUUGCUGAAAAAAAGCUCUCACUUUGCAAAAUUCCUUCGACAAGUCUUACCUGCAUUUAUGAGAAUCUCAACCUGGCAUUGCCUCAACCAUGCGCUCAAGUUGGAGGUCGGAUCAGAAAAAGCGAAUCCCAGUUUACUUUCGACCCACCUCCACCAUACCUUUAGACUACAGGAUCGAUGUUAUUCGACGAUGGCGAUUGCCAUGUGAAUAUCCUAAACUAUAUUUCAAGAGAAUUCGAAAAUAGAUGGGUUGAUAUAUGGUGUGUUUGGAUGUAAGGUUUUACUUACGUUGCGUUGACGUUCAUUGGAUGGGAAGGAAGAAGAGGAGAGAAAAGAUUUUUGCAGAGAAGGAAUCAAGAGCCCAUAAGCUUUAAUUGUAAGGCAUCAUGGCUUUUACUAAGAUCC